AUGAGCCAAGAUUAUUUCUCGAAGAAGGGCAAGGCCCCUAUGGACCAGGAGGUCGAGAAAGACGAUUCCGACACGCCGUACCAGCCGGUGCCGUCAUCGAGCAGGCCACCGCAGUUCAUGACUGUUGGAUCUGGCUCCACCUCAGCACAUGCAGCGCAUCUUCAGUCCCUGCUUGAGAACGACUCGGGCUAUGGCGGUAGCAUUGCUGAUGGCGAUACGAUGACCUCCUCUGUCGACCGCCACAUCCCGACUCCUGCUAAUGGUCAGCUCUCCGAAGUUGACCGUCGCAGCCAGGCCGGCGCUAUCCACCAGCUGUGGUAUAAUGCACACAGAGUGACGCUGGGUCGCUCGAUCAACAAGGUCAUCGAGCUUUUGAAGGAGUUGCAGGAGAUGAACGUCUCCUGGCCCGCGCACUACCCUUCAGUCCAGCGAACCGAGGGAUCGCGGCCUGCCCCUUCGCAUACAUACUCGGCAGUUGGCGAAGCUCCCGCGUCUGCCUCCUCGGUUCCCUCCUCCCCGACCGCUCCCCCGGCAAUACGUCGAUCCUUCACAUCAGUCGAAGCCCGUAACGAUGCCGAGUCGAGCAAGGCCCAGGAGCGUCGCGCACCUGAGGAGCCACGGCUAGUCACCCCCCAGAUCGCCCAGGACUUCUCGAUUCUCAAGCUUGAUCUCAAGCUAGGCUCGCUGCAUCAAGCGGAGCUUGUUCAUUCCUUGGAGAAGGGCUCCAUCGCCUCGCUUUUGGAUGGCAAGAUCAGCUCUAGCAUUCGACACCUGCUCAACCUCCGCGAACGAAUUGAAGAUACCUCUAGCAAGGUGCUCGUCACUGGUGACCUUAACGCCGGCAAAUCGACAUUUUGCAACGCUCUGCUACGCAGAAAGGUCUUGCCAGAAGACCAGCAGCCCUGCACGGCGAUCUUUUGCGAGGUUCUGGACGCGAGGGAGAAUGGGGGGCUUGAGGAGGUGCAUGCAGUUCACAGAGACGCGACCUACGACCGACACAACGAGAGCACCUACGACGUCUACAAGCUGGCACAGCUGGAGGAGCUUGUUGUCGACAAUGAGAAGUACACCCAAUGCAAGGUUUAUGUCAAGGACGUCCGGACCAUUGACGAAUCACUACUCAACAAUGGUGUGGUCGACAUCGCCUUGAUCGAUGCGCCUGGCUUGAAUUCCGACACGACAAAGACAACGGCCGUAUUUGCCCGCCAGGAGGAGAUUGACGUGGUCGUUUUUGUAGUUUCGGCUGCCAACCACUUUACCAUGACUGCUAAGGAGUUCAUCUGGGCUGCCGCUGCGGAGAAGGCAUACCUCUUCAUCGUGGUGAAUGGUUUCGACAACAUCAGAGACAAGAAGAGAUGCGAGAAGAUGAUUCUCGACCAAGUCCAGGGCCUCAGCCCGAGGACGCACAAGGAGUCUUCAGAGCUGGUUCACUUCGUUUCGAGUAACGCUGUUCCUACUGCUCCGGCGCCACCGGGUGGCCCCUCAGGCGGCGGUAGCGGCAGCUCAAGCGGCGGAGGCGGUGGCGACGAUCCUAGCGAUGACCCAAAGGGCAAGGGCAAAGAUGUCGAAAAGAUUCGAGACUUUGAAAAUCUCGAGCAAUCGUUGCGCAGAUUUGUUUUGGAAAAGCGAGCCCGAUCCAAGUUGGCACCGGCCAAGACCUAUUUGCUCAACAUCCUGAACGACGUCCACGUUUUGGCCAACGUCAACUCAGAGGUCGCCAACUCCGAGCUUGAUCGGGUCACCAAGGAGCUCAAGGAGAUUGAGCCUCAGCUCGAGUCGAGCAGAAAGGCAACGGCGCAGGUUGGCGAUGAAAUUGACAAGAUUACCGAGGAGACGUGCAAGGAGAUCUACGACUACACGCGGACGACUCUUAGUGCGGCUAUUGAUCACGCCGGAGACAACAACCACGGCGUUCCUUACCGGGGCAUAUUCAACGCGUUCGAGUAUGCUGAUGAGCUGAAGGAAGCCAUGAUGUCGUACAUUCACGAGUCGGUUAUCGCUUGCGAGGAGCACGCAAAGUCGAAGACCGUUGGUGGCGUCAACGCUAUUAAGCAGCUCGGCAUCUUGCAUCUUGGCGACGACUACCAGAACCUGGUGUUCCGGCCUGAUGUCAUGUUCAAGAGAAAGCGCGACUCCAUGGCUCGCAACGUGGACGUCCCCACCGAAUUCUGGGACUUUGUCGACUGGAACACCAUCGUUCAAAAGCAGGAGAAGGUUGCGGGCACGGGUAUGGCGCUUACUCUCGCGGGAGCUCUUGUUCCGCGCAUGAUGGGCACCAGCGGCUGGCUCGACCAUGCGUUGAGCGCGGCGAAGAUUAUGGGCAACGACAACUUGCGUCGUCUCAUUGUCCCUGGUAUCGUCGCAGCCGCCUUCGCAGCCGCAGCGUACAUUGUCAACCAGAUCCCUAACUCGCUUCCCCACCGUCUGUCGACCAAGAUCGCGGCUCAGCUGGAGUCUGUCGACUAUGUGCAUGCCAACUCGACGCGCAUUUCCAGCUCAGUCCGCAAGGUCCUCCGCUACCCAGCUGACAAUCUCCGUGUUGGCUUGGAGCAGUCAGUCAAGGACCUGGGCAAGCGACGCGAGGAGACGCUCAAGGUGCGUCAGGAGAGCGAAGUCGCGCUCAAGUAUUUUGGCAACCUCGUCCGCAACAGCGCGCAGCAGAGGACGGUGGUCGAAGGCGUCGACUUGGACGCACCGCCCCCGGGAGCCGUCGCCGCCGGCCUUCAUUGA